AUUUCCAUGUCUCGAAAGAACAGAAUUUGAUGUCAACAACGAAACGAACUUUCAAACUCGUUCCCCAAUCCCACCACGGAAACCAAAACGACAACAAUCCUCCAUACAUAAACAGACAAGACCCCUGAUUCUACACAACACAAUGCACGAUUCUUCCUCCACAACAAUGUCUCCUCCUCUUCUUCUCCUUAGCCUCGUUUCUCAUGCUCUCCUCGGCCUCCGACAUGUCAAUCAUAACCUACGACGAAACCCACGGCCUAAACUCCCCUCCUCUCCGGACCCACGACCAACUUUUGUCUCUCUACGAGUCUUGGCUAGUGAAGCAUCACAAAAACUACAAUGCCCUCGGGGAAAAAGAGACCCGGUUCGGGAUUUUUAAGGAUAAUGUGGGGUUCGUUGAUCGACAUAAUAGCAUGCGGAAUCAGAGUUAUAAGCUUGGUUUGAACAAGUUUGCUGAUCUUACUAAUGAUGAGUAUAGGUCAUUGUAUUUGAGUGGGAAGAUGAUGAAGAGGGAGAGGAAGAAUGAGGAUGGUUUUAGAAGUGAUCGCUUCGUGUUUGAGGAUGGUGAUCACUUGCCUGAAUCUAUUGAUUGGAGGGACAGAGGGGCUGUGGCUCCUGUCAAGGAUCAAGGCCAGUGUGGAAGUUGCUGGGCAUUUUCAACUGUAGGUGCGGUUGAGGGGAUCAAUAAAAUUGUAACAGGUGAGCUAAUUUCUCUCUCAGAGCAAGAGUUGGUGGAUUGUGACAAUGGCUAUAAUCAGGGAUGCAAUGGUGGACUCAUGGACUAUGCAUUUGAGUUUAUUGUUAAAAAUGGUGGCAUUGAUACCGAGGAUGAUUAUCCUUACAAAGGUGUUGAUGGCCUAUGUGAUCAGAAUCGGAAAAAUGCCAAGGUUGUGACUAUCAAUGGGUAUGAAGAUGUUCCCCACAAUGAUGAGAAGUCACUGAAGAAGGCUGUCGCACACCAACCAGUCAGUGUUGCAAUUGAAGCAGGAGGCAGGGCAUUUCAGCUAUAUGAAUCGGGUGUGUUUACUGGCCAAUGCGGAACAGAAUUAGACCAUGGUGUUGUGGCAGUUGGAUAUGGCUCAGCAAAUGGUAAAGAUUAUUGGAUAGUUAGGAACUCAUGGGGUCCCGACUGGGGAGAAAGUGGUUACAUUAGGUUGGAGCGUAAUGUGGCCAGUACCAGCACUGGAAAGUGUGGAAUAGCAAUGCAGGCUUCUUAUCCUACAAAGACUGGUGAUAAUCCUCCGAAACCAGGACCAUCACCUCCUUCCCCAGUGAAGCCCCAAACAGUCUGCGACGAUUACUACAGUUGUCCUGAGUCAACAACAUGCUGCUGUCUCUACGAGAUUGGUCAAUACUGCUUUGGUUGGGGAUGCUGCCCUCUUGCAUCAGCCACCUGCUGUGAUGAUCACUAUAGCUGCUGCCCGCAAGAGUUUCCUGUUUGUGACAUUGAUGCUGGAACAUGCCUAAUGAGCAAGGACAAUCCUAUAGGAGUAAAAGCGUUGGUGCGGAGACCUGCAACUCGUAGCCAUAACAGGAUGACACAUUCUUGCAACUCGUAGGAACAACAGGAUGACACAUUGGCGCUGAGAAAUAGUAGAUGAUCUGAACUUGAAGUCUUGAACUCUAUAAUCUUUGAUUAGUUGGGUUUUUGAAAAUUACAACUUUGUGAGUAUUCUCGAUUUAUAGGAAUUGCAGAUAUAUUUACUUCAAAUUUUGUUGUAUUCCAAGAUCAGGAAAGAACAAAAAGAAACUCCAUGUGUUUUAUUUCUCGAGUUUUCUCAAGAAUGAGUCCGUAUCUGAUAUAAAUAUUUAAAUAUUUGU